CAAACCACUUGACGCUUUGGUCGAAUUAGUACAGUAUAAACACCCAGGUUUUCAACCACGGUGACUGUGACGCACUCCCACCAAACCACCAUGAACCCCCCCACACGUUCUCCCCGGGGAUACCCAGCUGUGAUCUCAUCUGAGUAUGCCGAUGAGCUUCGCGAGUCAAUCCGGGAUUCCCUGCGCACAAGUGGGUCUGCAACCCCGGAGAAUAUUGCAGAGCUCGAAGAAUUCCUACGAGUUUGUCCUACCAAUCGCCUUUCUUUCCUCGAGGGCUGCUACAGCAUGAUGAAGGAGAGCGCGCACACCAAACUCCCCCAGCUUGUCUACCGCGACCCUCCCCCUGGCGUCGAACUCCACCACUACGACAUUCCUAAAACCGAAUUCCGCAUUCUUUUCCAUAAAAUGAUCGUUCCCAACACUGCCGCUUAUGCCCACUUCGCCUUCCAGUGGCAGUUCUAUGUCCGUUCGAGCACAUCUCAGGACCUCGAACAUGCGCCUGUUGUAGAGAUGGAAAAUCCCUUCAAUCGCCGGUGGCAAGUGAUUACGGUGUUCCUUGCGCCUCCUGCAAGUGCUCUUCGUAUCAACAAGCAGCACGUGGUCCGACUGCCGCACGAUCCCGCGCUCUCCGUUAUGCCACUGAACGCGACCCUCAACGAAUAAUUGAUAUUGCACAUAUUUGGGUCCACGAAAUGUCCGUGAAUAGUUACUCAACAGAGCGUAAGUACAUGGCAUGAAUGUGUCUACCAGAGUCCUGUUCCCCAAAAGAGUGUGUGUGUUCAUGUGUCUAUCUGUCUAGCUAUCUACUUAAGCGUACCACGAAAGCGUGGUGAUGCCAACCGGAAACGUAUACGCGACCUGCAUGCCCCUGAAGUUGAUGGUCGCGGGCUGCGGGGUGGGGUUCCACGUCGAGCUGGCGUAGUCGCGCCAGUUGAGCACGACGAGGCUGUAGCGCGUGGCAGUGCCGGCCCUGGUCUUGGUGGCGUACGCGCUGACGCGCAGGGCCCAGGCGUAGGUGCCGGCGACGCUGGCGGCGAUGCGCGUGGCGGGGCUGCCGGCGGGGUCCUUGGGCGCGACGGCCUUGCCGGUCUGUGCGAUGGCCCAGAACUCCUGGUUGGGCGCCCACGUGCCGUCGUAGUUGAUCGUGACGACGCCGCGGCAGCCGCUGGCGCUGCAGCUGCGCGACCCCGGCAGCUUCGGGUUCCCCGCGCCGUCGAGCGCGAGGUUCCACAUGAGCGCGGUCUUGGCGUAGCGCUGCGGGCCGCCGAUGUACAGGUUGUCCAUGUACCACUUGACGUCCGACCACCAGUCGCUGCCGAUCGUCCCCGAGCACUCCGUGAGAUGCACCUCCUUCCCCGGGAAUGCACUGCGGAAGCUGCCAACUUGGCUGACUGUGCCGCCGUAGCAAUGGAAGGCGGCCCCGGCGAACGCAUCCGGCGCCUGCUGCAUCAGCUGCACCGGGUACCCCGCGGCGUCGUUGUAGUUGUGCUCGUAGCCCAGAAUCUUGACGCCAUUCAUCCCGUUGUUGUUCAACAGGGCGCGCAGACUCGUCCCGAUGUAGGCUUCGGCAGAGGCCGAGAUCAAACCUGACGGAUACGUCGCGUCCGAAUACUC